AUGACUUUCUCUGACCGGAUUAAUGCCAGCUUGAACGGGAAUCGCACAGGAGACCUCGGUGGGAUUAACGGGUCCUGGAUCAGAGGAGAUGUCCACUCCGACAGCAGCAGCAGCAGUAGCAACGCCUCGGCGGCCCUGGGACUGAGCCUGCAGUCGGUGGGCGUCGGGGUCUUCCUCGCCAUCUUCAUCCUCCUGGCCAUCGUGGGCAACAUCUUGGUCAUCCUCUCGGUGGCCUGCAACCGUCACCUGAGGACGGUCACCAACUACUUCAUCAUCAACCUGGCCAUCGCCGACUUGCUGCUGAGCACCACCGUCCUGCCCUUCUCGGCCACCUUGGAGGUGCUGGACCUCUGGGUCUUCGGCCGCAUCUUCUGCGACAUCUGGGCUGCGGUGGACGUCCUGUGUUGCACCGCCUCCAUCAUGAGCCUCUGCAUCAUCUCGGUGGACCGGUACAUUGGGGUCAAGUACUCCCUCAAGUACCCCACCAUCAUGACAGAGAAGAAGGCCGUCGUCAUCCUGGGGGUGGUCUGGCUCUCCUCCAUGGUCAUCUCCAUCGGGCCCCUCUUGGGCUGGAAGGAAGAGCCCCCGGAAAGCGACCAGUUCUGCACCAUCACGGAAGAACCGGGCUAUGCCAUCUUCUCGUCCCUUUUCUCCUUCUACCUGCCCCUCUUGGUCAUCCUGGUGAUGUACUUCAACAUCUACGUGGUGGCCAGGAGGACCACCAAGAGCCUGGAGGCUGGGGUCAAGAAAGAACGGAACAAGUCCAUGGAAGUGGUGCUCAGGAUCCAUUGCCGGAACGUCCUGGAGGAUUCCGUGGCCAGCACCAAGAGCAAGAGACAUACUUUCAGAAGUUCUCUCUCGGUCCGGCUCUUGAAGUUCUCCCGGGAGAAGAAGGCAGCCAAGACGUUGGCCAUCGUGGUUGGAGUCUUCAUUCUCUGCUGGCUGCCGUUCUUCUUCGUCCUGUCUUUCG